GUCGUUUUCAGGACGAUAACUAAUAACCGCGCACGUCUUAGGAGUAGAGACGACGAGGUAUCAACCUGCACAAUUCACAGCCAAACACCGCGGUUGUUCGUGAAUACCGAUGGCUUCAUGUGUAGAUAUUUGCGCCUCUGAAAAUUACGCAUCGAGCCCUUGAUGCUGAAGUGUGGUGAAGUCGAGGGGAGCAGUUUCAGUGCAUCCCAGUGAACACACCCACCCACCCACACACACACACACACACACACACACACACACACACACACACACACACACACACACACACACACACACACAUAUACACAACAAGCCUUUUGGAUACAAGCACUUCACAGGAGACAAUGAGAGGCUUCCUGCUGACUGCAAUCUUUCUGCUGCCCUUGGUGGCCUCGGAGUCCGGUCACUGUGUAAUCAAGCGGGAGCAUGAGAAAUGCAUGGAGAUGAUCUCGCUGUACAGCCCCAGUGAGGAGCCUACUGAUGUGUGUCCGUGGAUGUGGGACAACCUGACUUGCUGGCAGGAGGCCAAGAUCGGUGAGGUUGUGGUGGUCAAUUGUGGAGAGUUCUUCCAUGACUUCAUCAGCCCCGAGGAUGAAAUGGGGAAGGUGAGUCGCAACUGUACGGAAAAGGGCUGGUCUGACCCUUUCCCUCACUAUGCGGACGUCUGCUUCUUCUAUGACAACACCACCAAACCCGACACUUUCUACCCAUCAGUUAAGGCCUUGUACACAGUCGGCUACAGCACAUCGCUUGUGUCUCUGACUACAGCCAUGGUCAUCCUCUGCAGAUUUAGGAAGCUCCACUGUACCAGGAACUUCAUUCACAUGAACUUGUUUGUGUCCUUCAUCCUGAGAGCCAUCUCGGUCUUCAUCAAGGACGGCGUGCUGUACGCCCAGGAGGACAGCGACCACUGCUUCGUACACACAGUGGCGUGUAAAGCAGUAAUGGUUUUCUUCCAUUACUGUGUCAUGUCCAACUAUUUCUGGCUGUUUAUUGAAGGUCUGUAUCUCUUCACUCUGCUGGUGGAGACUUUCUUUCCUGAAAGACGUUACUUCUACUGGUACACCAUCGUAGGAUGGGGAACUCCCACCAUUUGUGUCACUGUGUGGGCAGUUCUGAGGCUCCACUUUCAUGACACUGGAUGCUGGGAUACAAAUGAGAACACUGCCCUCUGGUGGGUGAUCAAAGGACCAGUUGUGGCCUCCAUAAUGAUCAAUUUUGUCCUGUUCAUUGGGAUUAUCAUUAUCCUGGUCCAGAAGCUGCAGUCACCUGAUAUCGGAGGGAAUGAAUCAAGCAUUUACCUCAGCUGUGCUCAGAAAUGCUUCAGUGAGCCCACACAGGCUGUUCAGCAUUCGUGCAGGAUGUCAGAGUUAUCCACCAUCACACUGCGUCUGGCGCGCUCCACCCUCCUGCUCAUCCCCCUGUUUGGUAUUCACUACACCGUGUUCGCCUUCUCACCUGAAGAUGUCAGCAAAAGGGAGAGACUGGUCUUUGAGCUGGGACUUGGAUCCUUCCAGGGCUUUGUGGUUGCUGUCCUCUACUGUUUCCUCAAUGGAGAGGUGCAGUCAGAGAUCAAGAGGAAAUGGCGCAGCUGGACGGUGAACCGGUACUUUGCUGUGGACCUGAAGCAGCAGAGGCACCCUUCGUUGGCCAGCAGUGGAGUGAACGGCGGGACUCAGCUGUCCAUCCUCAGCAAGAGCAGCUCCCAGAUACGCAUGUCCAGCCCUCUGGCGGAGAACGCCAACAUCAGCCUCCCCACCUGAGCGCCUGAUUGGCCGGAGACGACUUCAAGGUGCCAUUCCUCUUAAAUACAUCCAGACCAACCAGAACAGACCAAAGUGGCCCCUCACACCUCUUAUAUUUUGUAGUUUGGCCUUUAGAAAAUGAGGUAUUUCUAAAAGCAUUUACUGAAGAUAGUUUGUUCAUUAGAAGUGCAGAGCUGUCUUUCAUACUGAAGAAUUUGAUCCAUUUUUGAGAUUAAUUUAAUUUAUUUGACUAUUUUAGUGCUAUGGUUGACUCUGUAGGUUAUUAUCAAUGAUGCACUUAAAUUUUAACAGACAGCUCAAAUCACUUUGUCAGUUUAAAUAUUUUAAAAAAGAAAUAUUACAGAUUUUCUUCCUGCCAAUGUUUUUUUUUUUUUACCCCAUUUAAUUGUUUUAUUUAUGAGUAAGCUGCUACCAAACUACAGCAGUGCUGAAGGUUGUAAAAAAACAAAAAAAUCAAUAGUUAAACAUCAAACGUAGGGGUCAUAUUUGGCUGUUGGUGUGUAAAGUAAAUGUGCUUCAAAGUGCCAUACAGGUUGUCUGAAUGGAUCUGAUCUCAUAACAGUCCAAAGGUAAAUAUCAACCAAACCUUCGCCUUGCUCGUACAAUUCAUUGUUUAAAACAUUGUUUAAAUGUUUCAUCUUAAAGUCGACAUUUUUCUACAAUCAGCCGUAAAGUACAGAGUAUGUCAAAAGAUAUAUUUAAAAAAAACAAACAAAAACAACUCAUGGACUUUGUAAAUAGUUAGUUUUCAGUGUCUAUAUCAGAGUUUCUUUCUUUUCUUAAUUUAUUGUUUUGGCAUAACGCAGUAUUGUAAUGACCUUUUCAAAAAAAGGAACUGGAGCCCAAAUCUGUAGACUUCAUCCCAUAACCUGAAGACCCAGAAUAUCAGCACGAUUUACUCUGAACUAUUUCUUUGUAUUAAAUUUUAAAAAAAACAUAUAUAACUCUAGAGGAUAUGACGGUACUUGAGGGAAUACAGAAAGUCAUUCAGAUAAAAAAACUGAUUUAUCCUCACAAACAGUGCACUACAGUAGUUUCCUCCAGUUGGUUUCCCUACACAGACUUGUAAGUUAUGUUUUUGCAGACUGUGAUCAAACACAGCACAUGUGCCAUUUAGUGGACGCUUUUAUCCAAAGCUCCUCACAGUGUCAUGAGUUCAUAUGUACAGUAUUUUACUGUAAGCAAACCCUCAACAUGCUCUCAGAAGUAAUAGGACUCUUUUAUCGUUCCAUACUGAAUCUGCUUUUCAUCUGAAGUUGGAAAUUUUGAAAUGAAUCAUCUCCUACACUCACAUCCCCAAGUGCCUAGUCAGUCACAAAUAGCUAUCAUUUUUAUUUACAAUGAACAGAUAACAUAAAUGGGUAGUUUGAGUCAUUUCCUGCAAAGAAUGUACAGAGUUGUGUGUUUUACUGUGGUUGUUAUGCUGCUUUUUUUCAUUGUGAACUACAAAAAAAGAAAAUAUUUUGCUCAUUUACUGUAAAAAUUCUUUUUUUCUCUCUCUUUUUAACGUGAAAAGAGUCCUGCUAAGCAUAUUUCUUUUUAAAUUAUGACAUGUUUGUCAAGACUUAAGUAACGGUUCCUCCAUAAUCGCUGCUGUUUUUAUUUAGACUUUCGGUUGCAACUAUCAUCUAUUCAAGAUAAUUGCAAGUCCACUUCAAUUCAGCACGAAUGUGAGACAUGUCAAUGGCUACAGAACAGAUACAUGUUGUUACAGACAACACAAAACACUUUAAUGUGACAGCUCUUGACAAUCGCAGAGUGUUGCUCAUUUUCUCUUUUUCUGUUUUUUUUGUUUGUGCACAAACAAGCUAACAAACAAUAAUCGUUUAAUAAGAUGAAAUGUGAAAUGACGUGUAUAAAGGAGGAUUUAUCCACAAUAUUUACUCCAGAUAUUUAUUUUUUGUACUGUUUGUCAUCCGAGUGGAUUAAAAGAAUGUAGUAUCUUUAAACAAUGAAUAUUGCUGAACAGAUAAGGAUGUAUAUUUAUUUUCCAUAAACCAGUGCCAUGUGAAAUGACUCCAUGUAUACAUGCUUUCCUGUUUGUAACAUGGCUGUAUGACUGAUGUGUGAUUUCAUUACAUUGACUGAUGUUGACUUCUUGGUCUAAGUGCCAUAAACGUAGUGCCAUAAAGUUGUAACAUUUCUGAUUUUAAAGAAAACAAAAACAAACACCUGAAAUUACUUUCCAAAGCUACCGUCUAUAAAGUAUAUUGAAAACAUAGAUUUUACCUCUAAAAGAGCAAGAUAAACAGUCACACUAAUGAGAAGACGCCCAUAUUUGAUGCACCUGCUUGGCUGCUUUUGGGGAAAAAACAGUGAAUGAGAGUAAGAAAAGAUAGUGUCAAGGGAGCUAGAGCCAGAGGGAGAUAAUAAAAAGAUUAAAUAAUUUAAUUAGGAAGUUUUAGGUUUUUUUGAAAGGUGCAACAACUGCGACAGAUAAAACACAAAGUGUGUAUGAGGGUGUGAUUAAAACCACUCUGCUGCUGCUUACGUGUUCUAUCACCAGCCGUCACUCUGAGUCUGAAUCGGCUCAGAUGGAAACGACCAUGUCUCAAAGCUGUUACUGUCUGUGAAAAAAAAAAAAAAAAAAAAACUUAAAAAAGGGUGUAGAGCACUCCUUACUGACCGUGUCUGUGCUGUAUAUUUGUUUACCACAAGGUGGCAGCCAAGUUUUAGAGUUUUAGUUGAUAGUUCUGUAGAGAGGGGGAAGUUUUACUGGCAUUGAUUUGUUCUUCUUCGAGCUUUGUAUUUUGGGUUUAGGAUGAUUUAGGUGUAGAGUGGGACAUUGGAGCACUUCUCUGCCAAAUGGUUAACACUGUACACUUCUAUUUUUUUCGACUUUUCUUUACAUGAAUCAGCAAAAAGGUCUAAAAGUUAGAUUUUCUAAAUAAGGCUUGAUGUGCAAAAAAAAAAAUCUUAAAAGUUAAUGAUUUUGUUAUUGUCCUAAAUGUCCUUCCUGUAAACUGUGAACUGUCUGAGUUUCAGAACAUUUACUGUGAGUCGUGAGGAAGAAUUUGAGGGCAAUUUUUAGCACUAUAACAAAAUCAGGAGGUGUAACAUUUAGCUUCAUUUGGCUGACCACACUUCCGUUCAUACACACCUCUUCUAACGGUUAGUUCAGCAUUACGGUAACACAUUAAUCUUUGUAUAUGUGUCAAAGAAAAGCCUUUGACAUAUUUUCCUAAAACAGUUGACAUUUUGGGAAAUAUUCUUAUUUGCUUCCUUGCUGAGUAUUAGAUGAGAAGAUCGAUACUUCUCACGUCUGUGCAGUAAAGCUAACAGGCUGCCUCAGCUUCAUAUUUACUGUGCAAACUUCACAGCAGUAUCAAUUCUCUUAUCUGAUUCAGCUAGAAAGCGAAUGAAGGUUUUUUUUCCAAAACGUCAAACUAUUCUUUUAAAUGUAACUAUUCUCUGUGUGGCAAAUCUCUGUGUUUAGAUGCCGCUCUUUUCUUUGGCAGUUGUGCCUGUUAAGCUGGUUUUAUUAAGUGUUGAGUGUGUGCGUGUGAGUUCUACUGAUUGCCAAUGAAUUUUUGAAUGUACCGUUGUUGCUCAGCUGCUCUUAAAUGUCGCCUGCUAUUAAUUGCCAUGGUGUACAAAUGAUGUCUUUUCUUGAUUAUAUAUACAGUAUACUGUAUAUGUAUAUUUUUGGCACACAGGUGGACCUCUUGAUGAAGACCUGUAAUGUUUGUGACCGUGUUUUGUACGUUUAUGUUUAUGUACCUGUUUUUCAGAGUGUGAAUGUGUAUUUCUGUGGAGAGGCACACACAUCUGUGCGUGUGUGUGUGUGUGUGUGUGUGUGUGUGUGUGUGUGUGUGUGUGUGUGUGUGUGUGUGUGUAUGUGUGUGAGUGCGAGUGUGAGUAUGUUUGAAAGUUGGAGAGAGUGUAUUCUGUAUGCAUGUGUAUGUAAUGACAAGCAUUCAUGAGGAUAUAAGUAACUUAAAUGUUGAAACAAAUAUCUAUGAAUCUUCAUCCAGCUUAUGUUCUACCUGUGACAGUGGGUCAUGUGUUCUGGUGUCCGACAUUCAUGUCCAAGGUUGUGUAAA